GUUCUACCGCCAUUUUGGCUCAAAAGCAAAGAUAUUUUCUCGAAAAAGACCACAUAAUUCUACUGUUUGAUUUUCUACCCUCAGCCUAUUGUGGCGCCUUCAAUAUUUUUUUCUUUCCGAGCCUCAACCGUGGAACAUGUCUAAUUAAUCAGCUGUUAUUUUGUUGUUGUUUUUAAAUGUUUAUUUCAAACUAUAGACGAAUAUCAAGAGGAAGUAGAUAUCUUUCCAUCUAUAUAUUUGACACCGGAGUGAGCUUGAGCCAUAAUGGAAGCAGUAUUGUGAGUCCCGAGUCUCGCGAUCUGCAAAACUCGGAUUGAAUGAAGUCAGCUGAUAAUUUGCUGUCGUAUCGCCACUCACAUCUUCCCUAGGCAGAGGAUCAAGACGCUGGACUGUUUAAUUUCUUAAGAUCUAGCCUGUCAGGAUGGACCUGUCCAAGCUGCCUAAGAUCCGGGAUGAGGAGAAAGAGAGCGAGUUUGGAUACGUACAUGGAGUCUCUGGCCCAGUUGUGACGGCCACUGCCAUGGCAGGAGCGGCCAUGUAUGAGCUGGUGAGAGUGGGCCACAGUGAGCUGGUGGGAGAGAUCAUCAGGCUGGAGGGAGACAUGGCCACCAUUCAGGUUUACGAGGAGACAUCGGGUGUAUCCGUUGGGGACCCGGUGCUGCGGACAGGGAAGCCUCUGUCAGUGGAGUUGGGCCCAGGCAUCAUGGGCUCCAUAUUCGAUGGUAUCCAGCGCCCCCUGAAGGACAUCAAUGACCUAACACAGAGCAUCUACAUCCCCCGCGGAGUCAAUAUCGGAGCCCUCAACCGAGACCUGAAAUGGGAGUUCUCCCCUGUCAAGAGCUUACGGGUGGGCAGUCACAUCACAGGGGGUGAUAUCUACGGGAUGGUGUUUGAGAACUCCCUCAUCAAGCACAAGAUCAUGCUGCCCCCGAGGAACAGAGGAACCGUCACCUAUGUGGCUCCCCCCGGAAACUAUGACGUCUCGGACGUGGUGUUGGAGCUGGAGUUUGAGGGUAUGAAGGAGAAGUUCACCAUGGUCCAGGUCUGGCCAGUGCGACAGAUUCGCCCGGUCACAGAGAAGCUGCCUGCCAAUCACCCACUGCUGACCGGACAGAGAGUACUGGACGCCCUCUUCCCGUGUGUCCAAGGAGGAACUACAGCCAUCCCCGGAGCCUUUGGCUGUGGUAAAACUGUCAUCUCCCAGUCCCUGUCAAAGUACUCCAACAGUGAUGUCAUCGUCUACGUAGGCUGUGGGGAGCGAGGGAACGAGAUGUCAGAAGUUCUGCGAGAUUUCCCCGAGCUGACCAUGGAGGUGGAUGGGAAGACUGAGAGCAUCAUGAAGAGAACAGCGCUGGUGGCCAACACUUCCAACAUGCCUGUGGCUGCUAGAGAGGCCUCUAUCUACACAGGGAUUACGCUGUCUGAGUACUUCAGGGACAUGGGCUACAAUGUUAGCAUGAUGGCUGACUCCACCUCUCGAUGGGCCGAGGCUCUCAGGGAGAUCUCUGGUCGACUGGCUGAGAUGCCCGCUGACAGUGGUUACCCAGCCUACUUGGGUGCCCGUCUGGCGUCAUUCUACGAGCGUGCCGGCAGGGUGAAGUGUCUUGGCAACCCAGAGAGAGAGGGCAGCGUCAGCAUUGUGGGGGCUGUGUCUCCCCCUGGUGGUGACUUCUCUGAUCCUGUGACAUCAGCUACCCUGGGUAUCGUGCAGGUGUUCUGGGGUCUGGAUAAGAAGCUGGCCCAGAGGAAGCACUUCCCGUCAGUCAACUGGCUGAUCAGCUACAGUAAGUACACGCGGGCGCUAGACGAGUACUACGACAAGCACUUCCCUGAGUUCGUCCCGCUGCGCACCAAGGCCAAGGAGAUCCUGCAGGAGGAGGAGGACCUGGCUGAGAUCGUACAGCUGGUCGGCAAGGCAUCGCUGGCAGAAACUGAUAAGAUCACCCUGGAGGUGGCCAAGCUCCUCAAGGAUGACUUCCUGCAACAGAAUGGUUACACCCCCUACGACAGGUUUUGUCCCUUCUAUAAGACGGUAGGCAUCCUGUCCAACAUCAUUGCAUUCUACGACAUGGCGAGGCACGCAGUGGAGACCACAGCUCAGAGCGACAACAAGAUCACCUGGUCCAUGAUCCGAGAACACCUGGGAGAGAUCCUCUACAGACUCAGCUCCAUGAAGUUCAAAGACCCAGUGAAGGAGGGAGAGGCUCAGAUCAAGUCUGACUACGCCCAGCUGCUGGAGGACAUGCAGAACUCCUUUCGCAGCUUGGAGGACUGAGCCUUCACCCUGGACCUUUCACCCCUGACCCCUCACCUGUGACCCCAGGGACAGUGCAUGUCUGUCACCCCCCCCCCCCCCCUCUCUCUGCAGCCACCUCCACUGCAGCCUCACAUUCCACUGCCUUGUGUUUACACCCAACCUCCUGCCAUCAGUUUACUCAACGUGUGAAUGUGUAUGGGCAAAAACAGAACAAAAUGUACUGUGUUUCCUCACACAUUCUAAUUACCCCAGUGUAUGUGCCCCAACAUGGUCGAAGAUCUGCCCCGACACCUUAAUGUGUGUAUGUUUACAUGUCUGUGUGUGAGACCCCUGCAUUGCCCCUCCCUUCCCCCUGUUUGUUUUGGACAUGGUCUCUGGCCCUAGCUGUGUACCUGAAGACUGCAGUUGAUGUAAUUAUUGUUCAUUAGCCCUCUAUCUGUACAGAAUAUUGAUGAAGAUUAACAUCAAAUACUUAAUAAGCAGAGUGACUCUAUAUUUGUUGCAGGCGUCUGACAAGGACAAUGUGUGGUCUGGUUGUUGUUCAUAUUUAGUGAUUUAUGCUGUGUAGUCUUGUGUACUUGCUGUAUGUGUGUGAGAGAGAGGGGGGCUCUCUUGCCCUGUCCUUUCUACUGCUCGUGGGACAAGUCCCAAAGAAUAAAAGGCAACAAAACAAAA